AUGGAGAGCUCAUCCAUCGAUAUUGAUAAGUACCGCAUAGUGUCAGCCUUUAAUGCUGCCACCGCUGAAGUUGCUCAGUUCGUCGACAGCACCAAGUCACCGACACUCCUCCACAAAGAGGAGAGCAAAAAGCAGUACCGUUCCGUGCUCGACAAUUUCAAAGCUUUUGAUCAGCUUCCCGGCGAAGAAAAGUAUGCAGAACUCAAGAAAGUCCUCAACAUCGGCGCACAGUGGCAAGACUACGAUGACCAGCGCGGCAAGGACGCGUUGGCGAGAGAGGACGAUAAGUAUUUUAACGAUCUAAUUCACAGAUCCAAACAAUCUUUAGAGAGGGUUUGUGCCUUCUUGGAUUCGCUGCUUCGCCCGAUCACUGAACCUGAAGCCCGCCACCAACCCCCAGCCUCUCCGCAAGACUCGGUCGACAACGAACAUCCACCUCUCUCCGAACCACAAGGCCAAAGCGAAGUACAUCAGGAAUCAGAGCCAGUACAUAACGAGUCCGGUCCAUGCGCUCCUACUCCUGGGCCAAGCCAAUCACCCGUGUCGAGUAAACGACGAUUUGUCACCGCGCUAGACGAAACCCCAACACCGAUCCUGGGGCCUACCAUCGACUUCCAAGAGGUGUAUCAGGAUGGUAACGGACUCCUAAGAUAUAUAAUAAUUGAUCGUGAGCACACUCUUUCAACCAACCCAACUAUCAGCGGCCAGUGGUGGAUAUUGCGGUGUGUCAAAUGCAACUGGCACGGAGUGAACAAGACGGUCCGGACCCUAUACGACGGCUCGGUUCAUGCUGAGAAGUGCUUUCCCCAGCUUAAGAUAACUGGAGACGCCUCAGUCAUCGAUGCGCUUGGAGUUCUCGUCCUAAACUGCAAUCAGGACCUCUUCUCGAAAAACAAUGAUGAGGUCAAGCAAGCGCUUGUGGACAAGUCCUAUGAACCAGCCUAUCGAAAAAGGAAUAAACGGAGCAAGUUGAUGAAGGUGACGGUACCGACAAGGGAAUCAAAUGAGCCGCCGAUAAUCACUGACCCGAGCGUCGGGAUACUUUAUCUGGCUCAUGGGCGGGAUGGUGCCAUAUUUGGGGCUAUCGUCCUUCCAUUGGGGGACUUUCGUUCUCGAGUGGGUAUUCGAGGUUGCAUAUACGACCCAGAAUCGUCCAAAGCUCUGCCGGAUUGUUACCUCUUCCAUCCGGGCCAAAGGAAGUUCUUCUGGGCAGAAGGGUACGAAGAUGGAGGUGGGAAUGUCACAAUGCGAAAGUUUCCAGUCUUCUACCUCGACGGUCCCAGUGUUGCGAUGGGGCAUGUGAGAUGGGCCUCUGCUGUCGACCUUGAGCUCUUCGAUCUUGCUAAAGUCGCGCCUGGGUACGACAAACCUGUUCAGGAAUAUACUAAGUACUACCAGUGUAGCAACGGCAUCAAACCUUUUAGCUGUGAGCUUUCAAAAGAAGAAUUGCCAUUAGUUAACUCCGGCCAUGGACAGAGUUCUAGAGUUGUCAAUGGAGAUCGGGAGAGUAACCGUCCAACUAAUCCGACGUCAGAGCCUCCUAUUGUCAUUGAGGACGACGAAGUUUCGAAUCACGGGCCUGAUACCUCGUUACCUGAAGCGGAACAAAUUCCUUUCGACUCCAGUCCUGGCACUCAGGCACCUGCGCAUCCAACAAAUCUGGAUCCACACAAACAAAUCGAUGGGGAAGCCAAUGGCUCAGAUACUUCAGCCCCGAAUAUCUCGAAUGCAGAGAGAUUUCCAAGCCCUCACUUUUACAUACCGCCAGAAAUAGAUAUGAAUGAAGCAGCCCCUCAACAGGAGCAGACAGUGCCACCAGUAUAUAAAGCUCCAGAAGCAUCAAUGGACCUUGGAAGUCGUGCUUCAGCUAUGACUUCUCCCGUUGCGAAUAGAUCAGCGGCAGCUACGAUGCAAGUACUUAAGAGCGAGCAUGAUCUAGGAGAGAAUGUUAAUUCUUUACCAAACAGUUCCCCCUCGGCUACGAGUAGCAGGCCAAAAGUCCAAGAGCACGACAAUAACACAGAACAUUCCCACUAUCAAUUUGCUGCGGAGAGUUCUCAAUACUCCCUUUCCACAUCAGACAUUUCCGCUAUUCACGGUUUAUGGACAAAAUUUAAUGAGAAAUCGUAA